AUGGACACUAACCAUUUGAUAGGGCUAGUUCCCGAGGAUAUAGGAAACCUCCAACGUUUGAAAUACUUUGCUGUGUACGCAAACAAUUUGACAAGCAUAAUUCCCGAGUCCAUGGGAAAGCUAAAAUCUUUAGAAAAACUGAAUCUUAAUUUUAACAAUUUCAAUGGUACUAUACCAGAUAAUAUUGGUCAAUUCAAAAGUCUUAUCCAGCUGUUGCUCCGGAACAAUAACAUUUCCGGGAGUAUUCCUGAAACUAUCAGUGGUUUGGUCUCGGUGGAGGAGUUAGAUAUUGCAGAUAACAAUUUGGAGGGGAAAAAUCCAGAGGGUAUAAGUAAAUGCACUACACUCAAGUGCUUAAUUUUGUCUCGGAAUAAGCUGAGUGGAAAGAUUCCACACUCCAUUGACAGCUGCAACUUAAUCACAAAGUUGAUACUAUCCAGCAAUAAAUUGUCUGGUAGGAUUCCCACCACACUUAGCAAUUGCACAUCUUUAAAGAGGAUUAAGUUGUCUGUCAAUUCGUUGCAUGGAAAUUUGGAUAUGAUUUAUUCUUCUUCUAUAGAAAUGUUUUAUGCAAACUCCAAUAAGUUCUCAGGUACUCUACCUGAAAGCUGA